GAGUGGGAAAGUUGGGCGGGACCCGUCCAGAUUCCUGGAAAUCUGAGGAGCAGCCUUUGGUGGACGAAGAAUGUAAUUCUCCCUGGAGAUGUGGGUAUCCCUUUUGAAGGGGACUGAAGUAGAAUCAGCUGAUAUCCAAGGAACACAACGUCAAGACAUGCAAGAGUCCUUUGGAGUGAACUGGCAGUAAGCCUUGCAGUACCAUGGUGGCAAUAACACUGGCUGUCCUCUGGAGAUGCUGAAGCUCAGCCUUAUUUUGAACUUCUUUCUUAGACCCUCCAACUUGUUCACAAAGGACUGCUACUGAUUUGGAUUCAUAUGGUCAUGGGUGCUACCUUUUCCAUCCCACUACAGUCUGGAAGAAUUCUUUGAUGAAAGACAACAAAGUACAAGAUGAUAGCAUUAUACCAUCUGAGAUGGCUUUCAAAGAAUGAGUGCUGAUGGAACUGAGCUGACAGCCAAGCCAAAGAGAAGCUUCUACGCAGCAAGAGAUUUAUACAAGUACCGACACCAGUAUCCACAGAACUUUAAAGAUCUUCGGUAUCAAAAUGACUUGUGCAAUCUCCGGUUUUACAAAAAUAAAAUCCCAUUUAAACCUGAUGGGGUUUAUAUUGAAGAAGUCCUAAAUAAAUGGAAAGGAGACUAUGAAAAACUGGAGCAUAACCACACUUACAUACAGUGGCUUUUUCCACUGAGGGAACAAGGUCUGAACUUCUAUGCUAAAGAAUUAACUACAUAUGAAAUUGAGGAAUUCAAGAAAACAAAAGAAGCAAUUAGAAGAUUCCUUUUGGCUUACAAAAUGAUGUUGGAGUUUUUUGGAAUAAAACUAAUUGAUAAAACUGGAAACGUAGCACGAGCUGCUAACUGGCAAGAAAGAUUUCAGCAUUUGAAUGAGUCUCAACAUAACUACUUGAGAAUCACUCGAAUUUUGAAAAGUCUUGGUGAACUUGGAUAUGAGAGUUUCAAAUCUCCCCUGGUAAAAUUUAUUCUGCAUGAAGCUCUUGUAGAAGAUACCAUUCCCAACAUUAAGCAAAGUGCUCUAGAAUAUUUUGUGUAUACUAUUAGAGACCGAAGAGAAAGGAGGAAACUGCUGAGAUUUGCCCAGCAACAUUAUACACCCUCAGAGCAUUUUAUCUGGGGACCCCCAAGAAAACAGAAGUCAGAAGGAAGCAAAGCAAAUAAAAAGCCAGCAUCUCCAGUUUCUAUUCCCAAUAGUCAUAUUUCUAAGCAUAAGAAACAGAAAGAGCCUAAGAAUACAUCGGCAAGUGGAAGCUCAGCGGGUAAAAUAACUGAAGAAAGAAAGGUAGAAUUCACAAAAAAUGGGGAAGAAAAUGAUCAGGAUGAACAAGAAGUGAACUGUGAUGCUGUUAGGGAGAACAGUGAAAAGAACAGUGACAAUGAUACUGGUCAGCUUUCAAAAUCAGAAGAAAUUCAUGAUAAUUCAGACAGAAAGGAGGACGUUUCUCAUUCCAAAAAAGAUGAUGACAGUUUGAACAAUGACUGUGGAAAUCACCCAGGCGUUACAGAGGAAGAUAAAUGUAACACGGAGAAUUCUUCAAAUGAUACAUCAGCUGAUCUCCAAGAUAACCUUGAUAAGGAAACAUUUUCAGAGGGGACCACCACAAAAGCUAAGGAUGAGCUCAAACUAUGAGUCUGAGGUUUAAAAAAAAUCUUUGUUUCACUUUGAAUGAAGCAAAGUAUUCAUUGCUUCUUCAUUUUGGUUGAUAUUUCCAUCUAGUGUAAAUUCACAAGACUAUGCUUGUUGCAAAUGCAUCAGAUUAGGCUUCUGUUAGAUUAAUGAAUUUUGGUUUUUUCACCCUCAGUUUAUCAGCAGGCAGGCAGGUGUGUCUCUUUAAAACAAUUGUGCAUAUUGAAAACUAAGAAAUUCAUUAUCUUUUCUGGACAGAUUGCACAGAAAAGCUUAUCUACUUUUUAAAAUUCAGCCAGUAUUUAAAAAGAAAUAAAUAAAAUUAAAGUGUAACAACUCAAAAGCCUUGGAACAUUAGAAUUUUAAAGCUUCCUUUACGUUUACUUUUUGUUUUCCAUUUAGGGAAUCACUAGAAAUUAUUUCAAAAAUACAGUUUUUUACCCUAGUGGUAAUUUUUUUAGGAACUAUGGUCAUGAUUAAUAGCAGUAUUUGCGCAGUAUCUUUUAGAUUAGCAUCUUUGUUGGAGGUACUUAACGAUGGAUAGCAUAUAUCAUGUCCUGUACAUCUGGGAAUCACUGUACAUCGAAUAAAAGUUUUAACUUACAAAGGAACUGUAUCCACAGCUGUUGGAUACAAGGGGAGUUGCACUUUAGACUUCUUUUAGUCCCUGUUAAAUUCUUCCUUCUCUUAACUCAUUUGUUACAACUAAUCUAGGGGGAUGGAUCACUUUGCUCUCUCAAAGUUUCAUCUCCAUUUGAAAGCUCUCUGUUGAAUCAGCUGUAAUUAGACAACUCUCCCAGCUGGGUUCAUCACCUGGAAAGCUUCUGGACAGCUGAAAUGCAGUGUCUUUACCACAACACCUUCCCUGAUCAGCAAAGCCAUCAGAGAAAAGGGCAGCAGGCACGUCAAGUUGGGUCUUGAACUUCAAUGUUUCUUGGCCAGUUUUGGGCAGAAUCUGCACAAUGCAGUCAGCUGUUGCUGGUCUCAGAGACAAAGGCAGGCCUGAUGCUUCUUUCCAGCUGUCUGUUUCCUCUUUUUGCUCUCAUAAGUUUCUUACAAUUUUAUGUUAUUUCGAUAAUCAGUGGAAACUUAAGGCAGGCCAGUCUGUUGGCUGGGCUGAAGCCCAUCAAGUAGGAAUUUCACUAUUAAGAUCUUUCCCAGCUUCUGCCGAAGAACUGUCUGCUCUCCCUGAGUAGCGUCUUCUGAUUUUCUGCUGUUCAACUGUCAAACAUUAGUACCCGGCACGUUAGUUGUGCAGAAUAUGUCUUAAAAAUGAAUGCAGAUACAAUUCACACUUCCUACAGUCCUAAAAUACUCUGAAACUUCUGUAUGUAUUUUCUGUUUAAAAGUGUACAUAUUCUCCACUGCCUUUAAUGUAUGUCUUAUUAAAUGUUACGAGGCAAGAGGCUCACUACAUUUUGAGUGUCAAAAUGCUACAGGACUUUAUUGAAGGCUUAUAACUCUAAAUUAUGAACUUUUCAGGGGUUUCAGAUCAUAGACAAAAUGUUUUGUAUUCUGUUUUGCUAAUGCCCAUCAUGGCAAUUCCUCAUCCAUUUUUUUUCUCUGGGUAGCGCUGAUUCUUGGGAUCAAAUAGAGUGGCAGUUAGGGAUCUUGGUCCCUUUGGAAAAAGAGUAGGCUCUUUCCAUUCUAAAGAAGCAGAGAAGAAGGAAGAUGUAUUUCUCUUUUUGUGCCAACUUGUGAGGAAAGGAAUAUACAUGGAUUUUAUUUUUUUUUUUUUUUGUAACAUGGAUCAUUCAAGUAGGCAUUAAGUCUGUCUGAGAAUUCCCAAAGAAUUCCAGCCACCACAUUUUUAAGGCCAGAAAGAUCCUGAGAAGCCUUUCAUAGUUCCCUGGACAUGAACUGGAAUUCCCUUGUUUGUGUUUGCCUCUGACCUUCAGAACAGAAGGUGAAGGAAGUGCUGUGAUAAAACUGGUCUGUGUAGUUAAGGACUCUGCCCCUCCACGUAUGCAGAGGGAGGACACUUCAUUUUCUGCCUAUGACUGUUUCAGUCUUGAGUGCCUAACUGUGCAAACUUCAUAGAGUUGUUCUUAUAUAGUUAUUUUUUGAGUACCAUAGGGAAAAUUAAUACUCUGUGUAUAAGGAACAUAACUGUAGCAUAGGAAGCUACACAGAGCCUUCAUUUUAUGAAUUUCAGUAUUAAUGUGAAACACUGUACAGAAAAUGUGGAGUAUUGAAGUGAAAUAAGGGAUGCCAGAGGUGUUAUUGUAUUUAUAGUGUAAUUUGAUUGAACAUCAGUGACCUCAGGAGAUCUUUUGUCUACUGAACAAAAAAAAGAAAAAUCUUGCUCUGAUUUUAAACAAAGUUCUUGGGAUGUGCAUCAAGAAGAUUACUCUGCAGUAUUCUGUUGUCAUGGCACAUCUCUCACGUAAACAUGCUUACUGGUUUGAUUUUUUUUUAAGUACCUAAAAUACUUUUAAUCUGACAGAGCUGUCUGCAUUAAGGGGCCAAGGUAUUUGAAAAUAUUGUCAAAAACUUUCGUACUUACACCUGUAUAUUUAUUUUUUUUUUUAUCUACAACUCAGUAUAUUUCUCUGUGUUUUAAUAGAAGAGUAGUGGCAUAUCAGUUGCCUACAAAUAACUAUAGGGACUAUGUAAGUGAGGGGUUUUGUGUCAGGUGGGCUCCUGCACUCUCUAAUCCUUGUUUUACAGCUUUAUCAACAGAAUUACUCCCAUGGGACACUUCAGCUUUAACUAACAAAUUCUGCUCUAUGUAAAAUGUGACAGUGUUUUAUUCUUUUCAUAGAGGAAUUGUUUCUUAUGAUUUUGCAAGUACUGAAAAAAAGGAUUUAUUGCAGGGCAAUCAUACGGUGUAGCCUCCCAUUGAGAUUUGCGAGGAUCAAGUGGGUGCACUGUAUGCAUUUUUGUUACAGAAUCAUGGCCUUAGCAACCAAAGCACCCCCUGCUUGAAGUUUCUAAGUAUUGGUUUUCAGGUUUACAGUAUAUAUACAGUGUAUAUAUAUGUGUUGAAAUGAUUGUAUCCUCAUAGAUGCCAGUACAUAGUUGUUUAACCAUUACUUCAGAAACUGAGGGUAUGCAAAGAAAGUCAUUUGCUUACUGUUAAAUUUCUUUUUGUCUUGCUAUAUGCUUAAGUAUUCAGGGAUUUCAUUUCCAUAUGAAGGUUCUUUCCAAGUAAGUACAUCUGAGUAGCCUCUGGUACUGUUAACUGAUAGUAGUGUGUACGUGCACAUACCUGUGACUUUGAUUUUGAGGCUCUUAUGGGGAGGGGAUAUGAAUGUGGAAUUUGAAACAAUGUUACUGAGUACACAGAUGAGUACACACAAGGCGAUCAUACAAAUCAUGCAAAAAUGCAGCACUUUAAGGUUAAUUACAGCUCUGUGCCCUACUAUGCCAGACACAAGUGUGCCUCAGUACCUCAUACUGUGUUGCUGUAGAGAUUGGAGGCUUGGGUACAUGAGGUGUGCGGUACAGACCAUUCACAGCAGAAGAGUAGUUACAUGUGUCAACAUAUCUAGGAGCAGGUCUGAGGUCUUUGUGUUCAUGUUGCUCGAAUAAAAUCCUGAAGGAUUCUAAAAAUAAGUGCAAUAAUCCUUUGGGAGCUGUUUCCCUGGCUUGGGUCAGCUCCUCAGUUUCUGGCUCUAAGAUUGCAGCACUCUAAUGUAUUAGGUGUUUCUAUAAUCAUCAUUAAUAUUUCAUGUAACCUAGUGUAAGCCUCCCUGAAUUAUUCCAGGAUAAUUCUAAUAAUCUGCAGUUGCAUAUAUCUGUACUAUAAACAGAAGGUUUACUUACCUUAGAAGCUUUGUACAGUGUUGAUGGAUGAUCCAAUGAGGUAAGACAAGUGACAUUUACUGGAUUUAAAUGGAAAACAGCUUCUUUGUUUUUAAAUAAAAUUUAUGUCUAUCUGUUUAAUUGAGAGGUUAUUUUACACCUUUCUUUUUCUUACUGUUGUGAUGGUACUGAUCACGAUUUAUAGUUAUAUAUGUUUAAGUGAAAAUGUAAAUUUUUUACACCACACUUUUGCAGGAAACAUACAAUAUUGAAUUUCCUUGACAAAAGCUGUAUUUCUGAAUAAGAUGCAAGUAUGUGAAGCAAGUUUUGCCAUUAAUAAAAGUGUGACAAUAUCAUGCUGAUGAUGUAUGUUGUCAGAAUUGCCAGUGGGGAUCAGAACCAAAGAUGUUUCUGGCCUUGUGUCCUGCCUCCAGCAGUGGCCACAAAAAGAUGCUGUGAAACAAAGAAAUAAUACAGUGACCCCAUUUGUCUCCAGGAAUUUUUUGGUUUUGAAUUCAUGGUUUCUUUCAGCCUCUACAAUCCCUUGUAGCUGUGAGUUCCAUGUUUUAAUAAUGUUUUGUGUGGAGAAGGUGAUCUCUUAUUUGUCUCAGAUCAGUUUAUUCAAGAAUUGCUAUGGCAUUUGAACACAGUACUAAAAGUUCUGUAAGAUGAAGUGUAGUCUAUUUCAAAUCAGUUUUUAAACACCAUGGGAGAUUCUAAUGACAAAAUACCUGUUUAGACAGAAGAUUCCCCAUGCUUCUUCUGUUUUUAGGCAGAAGAUGUCUGCUUAGGCAGAACCUUGUCCUAAGUUGGUGACAAUGCUACCUUACAUACUUCUAAAUACAUUUUUGCACAUAUAUCCUUUUGUAAACUAGUGUUAAAAGUGUAGAUUAAGUGUUAGAACUCAGAUUCCUACUGCAGAACAGGGUUGAUUUAUUCUCUUCUUACCAUUGUGAAAGCAAAAUCAGUCAAAUGGAAAACCUGUUCCUACAUGAGUGAGGUAUCUCUGGAUUUGGAGCUACCAGGAUCAAUGAAUAUAACAUUGGGAUUGCAUAGAAGGUGGAAAUACUGUCUGGGGUUUGUUGAGAACUAUACUCAUCAUUCUACAUUUGUUUUGAUACAACUUCACUCUUCCAAUUGCAAUUGGAGUAACUGGUCAAAAGGUGCUUUUUAUGGUUAUCAGGGUCUGAAAACGAGGGAUGGGUCAAAAAAGGCUUAAGUAUAUACGGUCCCCUUCAAUUCACAUUGUGGUCAACACCAUAGAUUCACUACUUACAGAUAUUUAGAUACAGUUUUUCAAGGGGAGUGCACAUUGUGUUGCUGUAAUAUCUUUCUGCUCAGCAUUGGCUAUGAACUGUUUCUUUUCCUGAAAGCUGUGUUCCCUUUUCAGCCCUUGUUCUUAAGUACACUUAGUUAAGACCUUGGUAAAAGCAAAAAUUUACUUUUAAGAAUAGGUUUAUUACAUGCUGUAUGUAAUGGACUGCUAAAAUGUAGUUCAAAAGCUAUAGAGAUCAAUAGAGACCUCAUCUGGCUUUACACUUGUAAUCACUUCUACAUUUAUUUUCAAAAGCAUUAUGCUGUUUGCUGUGAGAUAAAAAGAAAUGUGAUAAUUGGCAAAUCGUUCUGAAAGAAAUCUCUUCUUAGAAAUGUGGCUCUUUAAUUCUACCAUGCUUACAAGUUCAGUGGUGUAUUCAUCAACUAAAGUUUACUGUGAAAUAUACUGAAUGUACUUACUACUGUGGCUAACCAUGUGAAAAUUAUUGUUUUGCAGUGAAAAAGGUUAUGGCACUUAUACUUUUGAGAUCUGCUGAAGCAUGUUUGCUAAUCAUUAGUUGCUCUUCUUUUUCUGUGUUUUAACGUAUUCCAUGGUUGUUUGCCCUUUAUGCAGUUUGAUUUCAGGAACAGAUGAUUAAGCGUAGUUUUGCACUGAUAAAAUUCGAAAAUAUCAUAGACUUCAUUGUUCAAAUGUAUUCUAAGAAAAAAGUGCAGUAAAAAGAGAAAACCCCAAAGCCCAACAAUUUUUACUUGCAAAAUGGAACAGCUCUAUGUGAGUUUUUAUGAAUGGUCCUGCUCUCUUCUUUAUAUUUCUUUGCAGUAUUUAAUUACAGGAUGCUGUGCAUGUUUGGUAGUACCAAUACCAUAUGUAUGUGGUAGGAGUGGUAACCAGUUUCUGGAUUUGUAAUGCACUAUAAAGAGAUAUUUUAUAAUUCUGUAUCUGUAUGGCAGUGUUAUGCCAAAAAAAAAUGUAUAAACAUAAAAAGCAAUAGUUUAUGUUGCUUACUGCUAUAUUUUCAAUUGUUUAUAAAAUGAAAUACUUGGAUUUCCUUUCAGGUAAAUAUAUUUUUAAUAACAGCAGCCAAAACUCUGAACUAAUAAAGCUUCUUCAUUUAGCAGCA